AUGUCCCUUCCCGUGAGACGGUUGACCCACACGGCUCCCCGCACUUUGGCCCGCAUCCCCAUCUCGAGAAUCCCCUCCACCUUCUCCUCUUCCUCCAUUACUCGUGCUGUUCGCACUACUGCUCCCAAAUUCUCUACCAUGGCUGCUCGUCAAUCUGCUGCACCGGCUGCCCCGGCCGACAAGUCCUAUGAUCCGGAGAUCCAGGACAUGGCCAAGUAUAUCCACCAAUACAAUGUGGAUUCCGACCUGGCGAUGGAUACUGCCCGCCUGGUUUUCCUGGACACUCUAGGCUGCGGUCUGGAGGCCCUGAAAUUCAAGGAGUGCGCAAAGCUCCUUGGCCCCACCGUGGAGGGAACUGUGGUCCCCAACGGAACCCGCGUUCCGGGUACCCCAUACCAGCUGGACCCUAUCAAUGGCGCCUUCAACAUUGGUGCCAUGAUCCGCUGGCUCGACUACAAUGACUGCUGGCUCGCUGCUGAAUGGGGCCACCCCUCCGAUAACCUUGGUGGUAUCUUGGCCGUGGCCGACUGGAUCUCUCGCACCAACCGUGCGGGCGGAAACCUUGGAAAUGGCAAGAUCUUGACCAUCCGUGAUGUUUUGGAGGCUAUGAUCAAGGCCCACGAAAUCCAGGGUGUUUUGGCGCUGGAGAACUCCUUUAACAAGGUCGGCCUGGACCACGUUGUCCUCGUCAAGGUUGCCACUACUGCUGUGGUCUCCAAGAUGAUGGGUCUCACUGAGAAGCAGACCGCCGAUGCCAUCACCCAGGCUUGGGUUGAUGGCCAGUCUCUCCGCACUUACCGCCACUCUCCUAACACCAUGUCGCGCAAGUCGUGGGCUGCUGGUGAUGCUUGCCAGCGUGCGGUGAACCUUGUUCUGAAGGUGCAGAAGGGCGAGGGUGGUCUUCACACCGUUCUCUCCGCUCCUGUCUGGGGUUUCUACGAUGUUCUAUUCAAGGGCAAGAAGUUUGAGUACCAGCGCCCCUACGGCAGCUACGUCAUGGAGAACGUUCUCUUCAAGGUUUCCUACCCUGCUGAGUUCCACUCCCAGACUGCCAUUGAGGCUGCCCAGAAGAUCAACAUCAAGCUGGCGGAGAUGGGCAAGAGUGCCAAGGACAUCAAGGAGAUCGUCAACCGUACCCACGAGGCUUGCAUUCGCAUCAUUGACAAGCAGUUCAAGGCCAUGGACAACUUUGCCGACCGUGACCACUGUGUCCAGUACAUGGUUGCCACCAUGCUGGUGUUCAACCGCCUGACCGCCACCGAUUACGCCGAUGGCUCCGAGGCCGCUACCUCCCCCUCUUCUGGAGGACCUCCGCCAGCGCAUCCGCUGCGUUGA